UUACUUUUUAAUGUUUUUAUUAUUAAUUAUUAUUGGACAUAGUACGGAACUAUUCACUAUCAAACGUUAGCAAAUGCCAAAUACUCUUUACGUGUAUACGACGGAUAUGUCGGAUAUUGUUCUUGAUWUAGUAUUUGGUCAUUUGGUGAUAUAGUACCAUAUUUUAAUAUAUAGGACUACACUACAACUUCAGGUACAUACUACAUAACGACAGCAUUAGAACAAGUACUGUAGUGUCAUGAUUCAUGAAUAAAUAUAUAUUCUCAUGACUUUUGUAUUACACAGUAAUGUGUUAACUACAAAACUUCAACGUUCAUGAUUUUAUUCAAUUUUGUAAUUACCAAACAAAACGAUGAACGAGUCAUUAGAAACUGUAAAUAAUAUAAAAUUGAAUAAUGAUACUAACACUGUUGCUGUGGAAGAAAUAGUAAAACGGCCAUUGGAUGAGUCGGAAGAUGUCUGUGAAAGCAAACCUAAAAUAUGCAAAUUGAACGAUGAAAGUAAUGAUGACCAGUCUAACACCUUGUCAAAAAGGCAGCUAAAAAAAAUUCAAAAGCAACAGAUGUGGUUAGAGAAAAAAGCGAAACGAAGGGAAACAAAUAAAGAAAAAAAAKUUGAAAGGAAAAAAUGGAAAGCCCAAAUGAGAGAAUCYGGAGUAGAAAUACCAAAAGUAAGGACUAACAAAAUGGCCGAGAGUACAUGUAAACAACGCAUUGUGUUAGAUAUGUCAUAUGAUGACUUGAUGUCUGAUAAGGAUUUAUGCAAGUGUUCAAAUCAAAUAUUGAGGUGCUAUGGUCUGAAUCGUAGAAUGAAUAAUCCUAUGCAAUUAUAUUUUUGCAGUUAUGAAGGAAAAAUCAAAGAAAUUAUGGCUAAACACAAUGGCUCUGAGUCUUGGGAUAUAAAAUAUCUAGAGAAUUCAUUUGAUAAAGAAUUCAAGAAAGAAGAAAUGGUUUAUUUGACCAGUGACAGUUUGAAUGUCUUAGAAAGUAUAGAUGAAAACAAAGUGUACAUAAUUGGUGGUCUGGUUGAUCACAAUUCUUGCAAAGGUGCAAGUCUGAAAGUAGCAAACGAUCUAGGAAUAGCUCAUGCUCGAUUKCCAAUCAAUGAACAUAUUAACAUGCAAACAAGAAAAAUUUUAACAAUAAAUCAUGUUUAUGAAAUAAUUUCAAAAGUGGUUACUGGAAUGUCUUGGAAAGAAGCAUUUAUUAGUACAUUGCCRAAAAGAAAAAUGAUCUCAGUCAUUGACGAAGGAGAUYUUUUGGAGUAUGACAAUUGUUCUCUAGAAGGAUCGAUGCACCAACUACUMAGAGCAUACGUCGAUGGUAAAAGCAGUUUGAAGAAACAGGGUGUUUGUGCAAAAGAAAAAGCAGACUGGCUUAGUGCAUCCGAUGAUAACGUGGAACGAAUUAGAGAGAGUUUUGUACGCAGUAUAACCAAAGGAGCUCACAUAGAACAUUUAUAGAUGCAGUUAAUUAAACUUGASAUAUUUUUCUUUUAUUUAAUGUAUAACA